AUGGCUACAUGGACAAACCCAAACGAGCUAAUCUCAACGACGUCGUCGACAAUUCCCACAGCAUUUCACCACCAUAAGGCAGUGCCCUCCUUCAGGACAUGCAUUCCUCUGAGUCGCAAAAGAAGUGCACUGAAACGGCGAUGUUUUGGUGUUGUGAGCUGUUCAUUUGCACCCAUGGAAUCGGCCAAGAUUAAGGUGGUUGGGGUUGGUGGCGGUGGCAACAAUGCCGUUAAUCGCAUGAUUGGCAGCGGUUUACAUGGUGUUGAUUUCUAUGCCAUAAACACGGAUGCCCAAGCACUAUUACAGUCCGCUGCCGAGUACCCACUUCAAAUUGGAGAGCUUUUGACUCGUGGACUAGGUACCGGUGGGAAUCCACUUUUGGGGGAGCAGGCAGCUGAGGAAUCAAAAGAGGCCAUUUCAAAUGCUCUGAAGGGCUCAGAUCUUGUGUUUAUAACAGCUGGUAUGGGUGGAGGCACAGGGUCUGGUGCUGCCCCUGUUGUUGCACAGAUAUCCAAAGAGGCAGGCUAUUUGACUGUUGGUGUGGUUACCUAUCCUUUCAGCUUUGAAGGGCGUAAAAGAUCCUUGCAGGCAUUCGAGGCCAUUGACAAGUUGCAGAAGAAUGUUGACACUCUUAUAGUGAUACCCAAUGAUCGCCUUCUUGAUAUUGCUGAUGAGCAGACACCCCUUCAGGAUGCUUUCCUUCUUGCUGAUGAUGUUUUACGUCAGGGAGUGCAAGGAAUUUCCGACAUAAUCACGAUACCCGGACUGGUAAAUGUGGAUUUUGCAGAUGUAAAGGCAGUUAUGAAAAACUCAGGAACUGCAAUGCUUGGAGUAGGGGUUUCCUCCAGCAAAAACCGUGCAGAAGAAGCAGCUGAACAGGCGACUUUGGCUCCUUUGAUUGGAUCUUCAAUUCAAUCAGCUACUGGCGUAGUGUAUAAUAUCACUGGAGGAAAGGACAUAACCCUGCAGGAAGUCAACAGAGUGUCUCAGGUUGUGACGAGUUUGGCAGAUCCUGCUGCUAACAUAAUAUUUGGAGCUGUUGUGGAUGACCGCUACAAUGGAGAGAUCCAUGUGACUAUUAUUGCAACAGGCUUUUCACAGUCGUUUCAGAAGACACUGCUAACAGACCCCAAGGCAGCAAAGCUGUUGGACAAAGUAGCAGGGGGUCAAGAAAGCAGGGGAAUUCCCCUUCCUCUGAAGUCUUCAACCUCGCCACCCAGCAGUUCAUCAAAGCCAUCCCCCAGAAAGCUUUUCUUUUAA